UCUCUAGUUCUGACUUGCCUUAAGCAUACAAUUCAUCAUCUUCAAAUAUCUUCUCAAAUCUCAUUUGUUCCCCCUUCCCCAGAAAUCAUAGAAUCUGUAAAUAACGAGCUACAGUCCUUACGAAAAACUCUCUUAAGACUGGAUCGCAGCAGCAUGAAGAAGGCCAACGCUUUCGACGACCAAAUCAGAGUCGCAAUCUGUAAAUUAGAAGAUGUGCUCGAGUCGCAAUUCUCAAAUCGGAUUCUCUCACAAUAUGAAGAAGGGAUUAGCAGAAAUAGGAUUCAAUUCUCCAUCGAUCUGCAGGAAUCGGAGCACGAAAUUCGUUUACUCGUGGAAACGUUGAAGGAGAUGGAGCAGGAAUACAUCCAGCAAUUAGACAAUCCUAAAUUGCUCGAAGACGCCGACGAUGAUGAAAUUGCUGUUCCAUUAAGAAUUCGUCCUAGUGGAAAUGAGUCAAAGAUGGUUGGAUUGUCUGAUAAACUCCUCGAAGUUACAGAUCGGUUGGAACGUGUUGAUGGGAAUCAUGUGGUGAUCCCGAUAACUGGGAUGGCCGGCAUCGGUAAGACUGUACUUGCUAAUGAAAUCUUCAAUGAUUCCAACAUUUUGGAACGCUUCAAUUUUCGUGCUUGGGUGACAGUAGGUAGGAAAUGGCAGUUGAAAGAAAUCUUACUUGCCAUUGUAGCUCAGGUUGAUGCUGACAUGGCUGAAAUGAUCAUGGAUGAAGAAGUGAAAAACAUAGGUGAUUAUUUGAAAGAAAGAUUGAAGGGUAAGAGGCAUCUCAUUGUGUUGGAUGAUGUGUGGGACAAACAAGUUUGGAAUGAGUUGAAAAAUAGUUUGUUUAAAGAUGAUAAUAUUGGAGGGAAAAUCUUGAUCACCACUAGGUUAGACCAUGUAGGUCGAGGUGCUAGCAAUAAUGUAUCAGGAAUCGUGAAAAUGAGGUUGUUGAAUAAAGAAGAAAGUUGGGAUCUUCUUCGUGAGAAGGUUUUUGGAGAAGAGUUAUGCCCUUAUCAGCUAGUGAAGAUAGGGAAGAAGAUUGCAGAGAAUUGUGACGGUCUUCCUCUCACGAUUGUGGCGGUAGCCAACCUCUUAUGUGAAGCAGAGAGGAAGCCCGAGUACUGGAACGAGGUAGCUCUCAAGAAAAACUCGGUUUUUGUGGAUGCAUACGAAGCGAUAUCAAGAGUAGUAUAUCCAAGUUACAAGUACUUGCCUCUAAGGUUGAAGACGUUCUUUCUCUUCAUGGGAGUUUUUCCUCAAAAUUACGAGAUCCCAAAAUCCAAACUCCUCACUCUGUGGGCUGUAGAGGGAUUUCCUGAGCCACUACGAUGGCAAACUGCAAAUGAUUACAGUGAGCAUCUUUUGAGAGAGCUUAUUUACCAUAAUGUUGUGAUGCUCUACCGUCAAUGCACAGUUUGGAAUAGAAAAUCAACUGGAGUGAAAACUUGCGGUGUUCAUACAGUUAUGUGGCAUUUAUGCAACAAAGAAGCUAAGAAAACUAAGUUUUUCCAUACUUUUGUCAAGUAUGGUGACGUUCUUGAAGAUGGUAUGCAAGGCCAACGGCGAUUAUCCAUCCAUAACAACAUUUUAUUCAGCAUCAAAGAUGUUCAUAACUUGAUGCAGGAUAAUUGUGCAUCCACUGCUCGUUCUCUCUUAUGUUUUGGUGCAUACUGUCGUUAUGAAGUUCCUGUUUGUUUUGGUUUGAGGUUACUGCGGGUGCUUGAUGCUCUUACAAUCCGUUUCUACGAGUUCCCUAUUGAAGUAGUGAACCUUAUUCAGUUGAGGUAUCUUGCCCUCACUUGUGAUGGGGAUCUCCCUUCUUCCAUAUCCAAACUUUGGAGCCUUCAAUUCUUGAUCAUGUUUCGGCAUCUUAGCAUCAAGCCUUUUGAGGAUCCUUCAUACAUGCCUAUGGAGAUAUGGGAUAUGAAAGAACUAAAGCAUCUUCAGAUUGUGGGAAGCGACCUACGAGAUCCCUGCGGGGCUUCCUUCCUUACCAUACCUCUCAACACUUUUAGAUGUGAGUGCUCUCAGCUGUACCGAUGCCAUUUUUGAGCAAUUCCUAAUCUAAGGAAGUUAGGCAUUCAAAUUGAGUCAGAGCCGGAUGUUGCUGAGCCAUUGAGUUUCUUUGAUCAAAUUUCUAAUCUGAAAAGACUGCGAAUACUUAAAUGUGUUGUCGCGAAUCCUGACCUCAUGUCUGCACUUGCUCUCCGGCCGAAUCCUCUUUCUACAUUCCCAUUAGUUCUUAAAAAGUUGCAUUUGAGCGGCUUGGGCUAUCCUUGGGAGUGUAUGAGUAUCAUUGGGUCAUUGCCAAAUCUUGAAGUCCUCAAAUUGCGAUGCUAUGCCUUUCAAGGUCCGACAUGGAUUGUAGAAGAGAAAAGAUUUCCAAAACUUGGAUAUCUUGUGAUUGAAGACACUGAUCUUGUUCAAUGGGAAGUUAAAGAAGGAGGAUGUUCAUCACUUUACUCCUUGAGCAUAAAACAUUGUCACUUAUUGGAAAAGAUUCAUGGGGCACUUGGUUUUGGGUUAGAUUUUGGAAAAAUUGAAGUAGUCGACAGCAACCCUUUGGUUAUGACUUGUCUAAAGCAAAUUACAGAUGCUUACUCCCAUUCGGAAUUUUAUCAUCCUAGUAUUUAUUCUCACUCUUCAUGGAAUGAUGGGAAACUCAAGUAAUGACUCUCUUUAUUGCUACUUGUAUUUUCUGUUAUAGUACUAUGUUUUCAUUUUCAUCUUUG